CUCAAUUUCAAAGUCUUCGCCGUUGCUUUUCAAACAUGUCAAGCUCCGCCUUCUCCUCCUUCUUCUUCCUCUUCUUUGUCAUAUUUUUCUCUGUGUUUCUCUCUGCAGAAUCCCUCACGGAGUUCUCAGAUGUUGAAGCUCUCAAGGCUUUCAAGUCCGCCAUAAAGCCAUCCACUGUUCCUUCUUAUUCUUGCUUGGGCUCCUGGGAUUUCGCCUCUGCUGAUCCGUGUUCUCUCCCUCGACUCACUCACUUUCUGUGUGGACUCACCUGCUCCGGCGACCGAGUCACCCAGCUCAUCCUCGACAAGGCCGGUUACUCCGGCACGCUUUCUCCGCUCAUCUCCAAGCUCACUCAGCUCAUCACUCUUGACAUUCAGAGCAACAACUUCUAUGGCCCCAUUCCCACUUCUUUAUCCUCGCUCCCCAAUCUCCAGAACCUCGUGCUCCGGGAUAACUCCUUCUCCGGCUCAGUCCCGCCCUCCAUUACCACGCUGAAAUCCCUGCAAACCCUCGAUCUUUCUCAGAAUUCGCUCUCUGGGUCGUUGCCGGUUUCCAUGAACUCGCUCGCCACCUUGAGAAGACUCGAUCUCAGCUUCAACAGGCUCGCGGGGGCCAUCCCGCCGUUGCCGUCGAAUCUGAUAGAGCUUGCAAUCAAGGCGAAUUCUUUGUCCGGAUCUUUGCAGAAAUCGUCAUUUUACGGGUUGACUCAGCUGGAGGUCGUCGAACUCAGCCAGAACUCGUUCGCCGGAACCCUGGAAUCCUGGUUCUUUCAACUCCCGGCCCUACAACAGGUCAACCUGGCAAACAACAGCUUCACAGGCGUCGCCGUCCCGACACCCACGAAACACAACAGCGACCUCGUCGCCCUCGAUCUGGGAUUCAACAAAAUCGAGGGCUAUCUCCCCGUGAAUUUCGCAUCUUAUCCUGUACUGUCAUCUUUAUCCCUGCGUUACAACCGGCUGCGAGGACAAAUCCCGGCGCAGUUCAACAAGCAGCAGUCACUACGGCGGCUGUUCCUCGACGGUAAUUUCCUAAAAGGCUCGCCGCCGGUGGGACUUCUCUCAGGCGGCACGACGGUUUCCGGUAGCCUGGGAGACAAUUGUCUACAACAGUGCCCGCCUUCUUCGGAACUUUGCUUGAAACCACAGAAACCAGCGUCAAUUUGCCAGCAAGCCUAUGGUGGGAAACCAAAAUCCUAGUGUCAGUCAUUCAAUGUACGAAUUAUUAUUAUUAUAAAUUUUCUCUCUUUUUCCAAUAAACACUUGUAUUUUCAUGUAAUAAUUGUAUAUUUAUUAGACUAGUAGAAUAUAA